GGCCCUCCCGCCUGCCUCCUGCGGGCCCCGCCGCGAUGGAGCUGCCCCAGCCGGAGCCCGCGCCCGCUCCGGCUCUCAGUCCGGUCUGCCUGGGCCGUGGAGCCGAGCGUCCCCGCCACCUCCUGGGCCUCCAGACGGGAGCUCACGGCCUCGUGGGGUCCCCGGAGCGCGCGGCCGCUUCCUCGCCGGUCACCACCCUCACCCAGACCAUGCACAACCUCGCGGGGCUCGGCAGUGAGACCCCAAAGCGGCAGGUGGGCAGCCUGCUCACAAGCCUAUCCCUGUCCCGGAGGCGGGCAUCUGAAUCCUCCCUGUCGUCUGAGUCUUCUGAAUCUUCUGAUGCAGGUCUCUGUAUGGAUUCCCCCAGCCCCAUGGAUCCCCAGAUGGCAGAGCAGACGUUUGAGCAGGCCAUCCAAGCAGCCAGCCGGGUCAUCCGAAACAAGCAGUUUGCCAUUCGACGCUUCCAGUCCUUGCCGGUGAGGCUUCUGGGCCACAGCCCUGUGCUACGGAACAUCACCAACUCCCAAGCACCUGGCAGCUGGAGGAAGAGUGAGGCGUGUGGCCGAGCUGCCCAGAGCUCUGGGGAGGACAAAGAGAAUGUGCGCUUCCAGAAGGCUGGAGUGUGGGAGCACUUCAGGGAGAGAAGGAAGGGGGUGUGCUGGGAUGGUUCUCUGGCAUUUGAUGACACCCACCCAUGUUGCCCACAGGAUGGGUUUGUCUUCAAGAUGCCAUGGAAACCCCCACAUCCCAGCCAUGCCCAUGCUUCAGCAGAGUGGGCUGACCGCAGAGAAGCCUUUGCCCAGAGACCAAACUCAGCCCCUGACCUGAUGUGUCUCACCCCUGAGCGGAAGAUGGAAGUAGAGGAGCUGAGUCCUCCGGCCCGAUGCCACUUCUCCUUGAUUGCCCCCCGGGGGGCCUCCGAAGAAGAUGAUGGAUUUGUGGACAUCCUGGAGAGUGACUUAAAGGAUGAUAAUGCGGUACCCCCGGGCAUGGAGAGCCUCAUUAGCGCCCCACUGGUCAAGACCUCAGAAAAGGAGGAAGAGCAGGACCUCAUCAUGUACAGCAAGUGCCAGCGGCUCUUCCGUUCUCCAUCCAUGCCCUGCAGCGUGAUCCGACCCAUCCUCAAGAGGCUGGAGCGGCCCCAUGACCGGGACCUGCCCAUACAGAACAAGCGGAGGAGGAGUGGGACUCUUCCAGAGGAGCCACGGGAGGCCGAAGAACCUAAAGCCCGUGUGCUCCGCUCCAAGUCCUUGUGUCAUGAUGAGAUUGAGACCAUCCUGGACAGUGACCACCGAGAACUGAUUGGGGAUUACUCCAAGGCCUUCCUUCUGCAGACUGUGGAUGGAAAGCACCAAGAUCUCAAGUACAUCUCACCAGAAACGAUGGCAGCCCUGCUGGCAGGCAAGUUCAGCAACAUCGUGGAGAGGUUUGUGAUUGUGGACUGCAGGUACCCCUACGAGUAUGAAGGCGGGCACAUCAAGACUGCCGUGAACCUGCCCCUGGAAAGGGACGCUGAGACCUUCCUGCUACAGAGCCCCAUCACACCCUGUAAUCUGGACAAGAGAAUCAUCCUCAUUUUCCACUGUGAAUUCUCAUCUGAGCGUGGUCCCCGCAUGUGCCGUUUCAUCAGGGAACGUGACAGAACCGCCAAUGACUACCCCAGCCUCUACUACCCUGAGAUGUAUAUCCUUAAGGGCGGCUAUAAGGAGUUCUUCCCACAGUACCCGACUUUUUGUGAGCCCCAGGACUACCGGCCUAUGAACCAUGAAGCCUUCAAGGAUGAGCUGAAGACCUUCCGCCUCAAGACUCGCAGCUGGGCAGGGGAGCGGAGCCGGCGGGAGCUCUGUAGCCGCCUGCAGGACCAGUGAAGGGCCAGUGCCAGUCCUGCCUAUCUUCUUUGCCUCACUGCCUGUGUGCCAGCCACCCAGGAGCCCGAGGGUCUGCUGGAGGCCCCAGGUGCCAUCCAGGGGCAGGACAGCGAGGGUGUCCUGUCUGCCCCCAGCCCAUGUCUCACUUUAAUCAUAUUCCAUAUCUUCAUGCCACCCUCACCCCACCCCACCCUGUCCCACCUCACCUCACCUCAGCCCAGCCCAGCCCAGGACAGCCCUGCCCCUGGAAGAGCCCAGUCUGUUGACUUUGUGAAAUUGGAUUAAGUCUAGCUCAAAGGAAGUAUUUUGUGUCCAGUGGAAACUUUUUGCUCUUUUUUUUUUUUUUCCCCCUUCCUUGAGUUAGCCCUUUGUCUUCUUGUGUCCAGAAAAGCCCCCUCUUUCCUAGGGGCUUUGUUUGUAUGUGGCUGGAGAAAUGCCACAGCCCCGCAGGGAUGGGCCAAAGCAGACCUCCUCCCUGGCCCGGGAGUUGGCACUCCUGUUGUGUCUGCCAUGUUCCCUUUCUCUUCCUCUCUCUCUCCUGUCCUUCCACAUGAACACCUCUAGCACAAACAGAAGCUCUUACUCUUUCCUGUUUCAGUGUUACCUACAUGUUUGAUUUGUCUGAUCUGUUGCCCAUCUCAGGGUAUGCAUAGGCUGAUAUUUAGGUUCUUCUAUCCACUUGGGGUUAGAGACUCCAAACAUUCAUUAGCCACUUGACCAUGGCUUCCGUUGCCUCAGAAAGGGAUGUCCUCCUCAGGGGCCUUUGGGGGAGGGCUAAGGCCUACAUCCUCAGCCCCCGGCAGCCCAGCCCCCACUGCUGUGAACCCCAGGGCCUGACUUGUCAGAAUUCGCUGCUGUCUUGUUGUGGAGGGACAGAUGGAUGAAUGGAUGAUGGAUGGAUGGAUGGAUGGCCACGAAUGCCCAAUGUCUCACACACACAAACUGCUGAAUGGAAGCAUUUCAGUGAGCAUGACAGCCUGCGGCAAGAAUAUACAUGUCUGUUUGUGUGGACAAAAUCUUCAUAUUUUAAGGUUUGGAAAUAUUCAAGACAAAAUGUCAUGGAAGCAAUGAAACCAAGGAUGGAGCCACAUCUGGAUUCCAAAUCUCAGGAUGUGUGGAGGGCUGUGCUUCAAGGCCUUGUUGGUUGAUUCAUCUGUUUGCACCUUGGUUCAAUAAAGCACUGAGCAAGCUACA